UAGCUGGAGCUGCAUAAAACUAGAUUUGGCCUCAGCUCUUAGCCAUUCACCUUCCUGACAACAUGAAGUCCAGAAACUUCUUGAUCCCAGUGGUGGUACUUCUUGUCCUUGGGACGCUGGUGGCACAGGCAGCUCUCGUAAGAGGUCAAGGCACUAUGAAAGGCAAUGUUCUGACCAAAGGACAAUAUCCAGUCAAAGUCCCAUCCCUCCCUAAGCAUGGCUCGUGCCCCAGGAUUCUGAUACGGUGCGCCGCAAUAAAUCCCCCUAACAAAUGUUUGAGAGAUGCUGAUUGCCCGGAGGCCAAGAAGUGCUGUGUGAGCUUCUGCGGGAAAGACUGUCUGAAUCCCCUGUGAGGUGGAGUCUGUUCUUGCCGCACCUGUGAAGUCCCCAGGGAUGCAGAUCCUGGUGCCCGUAGCACUAGCCUCUCCCACACUGACCAUUCCUCCUUUAAUCCAGGGUGCCCAAACCUGGGAUGCCUCUCUCAUGGACUUUCC